GUACUGUAGUAACUACUACAACGAAUCAUCUGAUCCGCCGGAGCUCUGUGAUUGGUGCCAAAUCGACGAGAUUCGAAGCUCAAAACAUGGCGGUUCUUCGAAGAAACCCGCGGCAAUCAGCAGCGGCCGGUCGGAAUAUUCCGGUGACAAGAUCAAACAACAAGAUCGUGAAGAAGGGUCGGAGAAAGGGAAGUCGCCCACUACUGGAGCUCCUUCUCCGAGGACGGGUACACGAAGGUACAAGCUUCUUAAAGAUGUCAUGUGUUAGGAAUAAAGAAAGGUAAUUAAUAUAUAUGUGUAAAUCGAUAAGCGAAAAAUGACAAAUAAAUAAACAAUAAUAUAUAUAUAUAUAUA